AUGGCCGUGGGACCCCUUUCGCAAGAUGAGCUCGACGAUAUAUACGCUUUCGCGGUAGACCUCGGCCGCAAAGCUGGAGAUCUGCUGAUGUCGCGGGUCGAACAGCGUAUUUCUGGUGGCGAGGGUAACUCACAAAGCUUCGAAGAGAAGGACAGCUCCGUGGACAUCGUAACUCAGACCGACGAAGACGUCGAAGUAUUUAUUCGAAAUGCUCUUCAGGCUAAAUAUCCAUCCCAUAGGUUCCUGGGCGAAGAGACAUACGCCAAAGGCCAAUCGCGCGACUAUCUGAUUGACGAGCAGCCAACAUGGUGCAUCGACCCACUAGAUGGAACGGUCAAUUACACGCACCUCUUUCCCAUGUUCUGCAUCUCCAUCGGCUUCAUUGUGCAACACCGCCCUGUAAUCGGCGUCAUUUACGCCCCCUUCCAAGACCAGCUCUUCUCAUCCUGCAUCGGACGUGGCGCCUGGCUCAACGAGAAGCGCCAGCUCCCACUCAUCCACAAGCCGUCUAUCCCGCCCAUGCCCGCGAAUGCCCCUUCAGGUUGCGUCUUCUCCUGCGAAUGGGGUAAAGACCGCCGCGAUAUCCCGGACGGAAACAUGAGUCGUAAGAUUGAGAGUUUUAUGAAUAUGGCUGCGGAGCUCGGAAGUAGGGGCGGGAAGGGUGGGAUGGUGCAUGGAAUGCGAAGCUUGGGGAGCGCGACGCUGGACUUGGCGUUUACCGCGAUGGGAUCGUUUGAUAUCUGGUGGGAAGGUGGCUGUUGGGAGUGGGAUGUGGCUGCGGGAAUUGCGAUCCUUCUUGAGGCGGGUGGUCUUGUCACGACUGCGAAUCCGCCCGAGAACCCUGAUAGUGCGCCCAUUCCGGACGUGCGACUGGGAAGCCGGCUGUAUCUAGCCAUCCGACCUGCUGGACCGUCGCUCACCGAGUCUGGCCGCGAAUCGCAGGAACGCACUGUUCGAGAAGUCUGGCGGCGCGUUCGUCACUUGGAGUAUAAUCGGCCCGGUGCAUAG